AUGUCCCAGUUAUCUCGUCGGACGGGUCACUCCUCUCGGGACGUUGCCCAACAACCUCCGCAAGCCGUACCGGGCCACAAAAGGACGGAGAUCCCUUCGCCCAUGGCGGAACCGGCGUCCGCUAUAUCUUCGAGAUUUACUGGAGCCUUUUCAAGCCCGAUGGAAUUGCCUGGGGCCGCCGGUAGCGACGAGAUGAUGCGAACAGUUGACUCGAACUUUCCCGUGACUGCACCUGGGCUCCCAUCGACUGAGAACCCCAACGCUGUUGGUGUGCUUAUCCAGCAGUUACAGCAGGCCUUGGACUCUGAGCGUGCGAUGAAAGAAAGUUAUAAGCAUGAACUCGAAGUUGCAAAUGCCCGCCUGGAAUCGGCAAAGGGUUGUUCUACGAACAUGGUAGCCCGAGAAGAAGGGAACCAAACGCCUCAACAGGUUCUCACCACGGAGAGCGCAUCGAUGGAAGGCGGGGUAGGAGAGACAGCUGUCCGGAGCGAUGACCUAGAAUCGGCCACAAGUCAUCCCAGCUAUGUGGAGGAAUCUCUAAGGGAAACCGUCGACGCCCUGUGGGUGGCUCUUGACAGGGAGCGUGCGGAAAAAAAACUUAUUGCCAUAGAGAUGGAAAGUGAGAGGGUUAACAGGGAUCGAGAAAGGAAACGGCUAGAAGACGCCGAGGCAGAGAGGGACGACUACCGGAAAAGAUGGAAAAGCUCGGUCAAGGAGCUUCGACAACUUACUCGGACCGCUCAAACCACAGUCCAGAUCACAGACGACAACCUCAUCCAGUGGGUCAGGCAACUUCGAUUCGACAUUCGGAAUUUCGCCAUUAAAUAUUUCGAGUCUGGAAAAUCCCGGGUAAAUAUUCGCCAGGCCGAGCAGGAAUGUGCUAAAGCUGUCGUGUCCGGCUACCUGGCGGAGGCUACCCCUGGCAGCAAACACUUUCGAGAUUUUCUGGCAUCCCCGUCUCGGCGCAGUGCUGUAAUCCAGGCAUUUUUCUGGCGAUUCAUUAUUCGAGGGAUCUUCGCUAACUUUAUCUGGGCCGGUAAACUUUCCGAGCCAGUGUUCGGCCUCUACUCCAGGUUUCGACGAGAAAUUCCGAGUGAGCAGACGAUAAUGGAUGCCGAGGCUAUGAAAAGAUUUAGGUUGUGGACAGUUGCUACCACUAGGCUGGUGACCGACCUCGUCGAGAGCGAAAGGAACAGAGUUACCCAGGAGAAAAGGAGCAACAUCCUACUUCGGGAGCAGAUGGAACUGGCCCACGACGUUAUCGGCCCGUUCCUUGAGGUUGAUAGAGACCACGAUGGAUUCGCAACUUACCACCAAGAUCUAGAGGCAAUUCUCAAGCGGGCUACCUUGUUAGAUCACAACAUAUGCAAACAGGCUGCCGACGUGACGUGGGAUUUUGGAAAUGGUGGAGACUCUGUUUUCAACCAGGAGACGAUGACGUUGGACAGGGGAGAGCAGCCGUCUUUGGAUGGCGGGUGCGUUAUUUUGGUGAUUGCGCCCGCCAUGUACAAGACGGGCAAGUCGAAUGGAGACGAUUUUAGCAAGCCGAGACAACUGCUCGUGCCGAUGGAAGUUACCUGUAAACCGGUCGAGGACAGCCCUUCGAUAGCUUGA